AUGGUCAGAAUUGCAAUUGUCUACUACUCAAUGUACGGCCACAUCAGGGCACUGGCCGAUGCCGAGAAAAAGGGCAUCGAAAAGGCCGGCGGCACGGCCGACCUUUUCCAGAUCCCUGAGACGCUGUCCCAGGACGUUCUCGACAAGAUGCACGCGCCCCCCAAGCCCACCGACGUGACUGUCCUCGAGAACCCCAACCAGCUCCUCGAGUACGACGGCCUCCUUCUCGGCAUCCCAACCCGUUACGGCAACUUUCCCGCCCAGUGGAAGACCUUUUGGGACAAGACUGGCCAGAUUUGGUCGUCCGGCGGCUACUGGGGCAAAAAGGCCGGCCUCUUCAUCUCCACCGGCACCCUCGGCGGCGGCCAGGAGUCGACGGCGCUCGCGGCCCUCUCGACGCUCGCGCACCACGGCAUCCAGUUUGUGCCUCUUGGCUACGCAAAGUCGUUUGCGCAGCUGGCCGACCUGAGCGAGGUCCACGGCGGCUCCCCCUGGGGCGCCGGCACAUUUUCCGGCGCCGACGGCUCCCGCCAGCCCUCGGCCAAGGAGAUUGAGAUUGCCACCAUCCAGGGCGAGGCCUUUUACAACGCCGUCAAGGGCAACUGA